CGACAAAGACACGGAGACCUCCGGAGCCUGUACGACGGUCGUUGACUGUCCAGCUGCCCAGCCGAUCUGCGCCGCCGUCCAGGGUCCAUGCGCGGCUUCGAUUUGCGUUAGCGCGUUGCUGCCUCCUGGCCUACCGCCUACACAGCGGCACUCCAGUGUCGCCUCCGGCCUCUAGUUUUCUUCGAGACUUCGACUGGCCAACUCACCCAAUCCUGCCCGCCUCCUGCCUCCAUCCCUCUAGGAGUCCAACUGUCCAGUGUAAGAAAAGAAUAUCCAAUUCCAUCAUUUGCAAUGGAGCCAAAGACUCACUAUUUUUUGGCCCGGGAAUAUGAUGGAAUAAAGCAAACAGGCUCACUAAACUGUCUACGCUUCUUUGUUAUGAAGCAGCAGUCAGUUCAUGCAAUUUUUGACGCGAUUUUCACUAUGGGUCAUCCGGAAACAGUCUCUUUGUGCUUUAGUACAAGGGUAAGACGGCGUACAUCCGACCCCCUUACCCCACUAUAGGUGGGAGCCUUUGCGGGACUGGGGUAAUGAUGAUGAUGAAGAAAAGAAUAUCCAAUUCUAGAACUCUUUAAUUGGUAUAUCACCAUUACUGUCGUGUCAGAUUUUCAGGGGAAUAUGGCGACUGUGUGGCUUCAUAUAUUGUUUCUCCACAGCCGCACAAUCGACGGCCGGAGGUAUUCAAUUCAAUUGAGUUGGUUCGGCCUUCGGUGCCUUCCAGCAUAAUGAACUAAUGCAAUGAAGGGUUGUAUAGAUUAACUCUCCAUCCUCUGCCAGGAGAGCUGAAGAAAAUGCAUAGGAUUUCUUCAAAGAGACACCUCUUUGUUUCCAUUUCGAAACUUCCCUUAAUCCCAUUCAACAAAUCAACCAAUGCUCAAUGUCUCUACGCCACCUACCUAUCAAAGCUCAAUCAUCCAAAUCAAACGCAUAAGCGCAAUUUUAGUAACGAGUCUCAGAGUAUAUCCAGUAAGCCAGUGAAGACUUUUGACCUCAUCCACCUACAAUCUGUACCAGAAGAGCAUGGAAUGGAUCAUAACAAGGAUGAGUUCACAGGUGAUGUCGAGAAGAUAUACAGAAUUUUGAAAAGAUUCCACUCUAGAGUUCCGACGUUGGAACGCGCUCUGCAAGAGUCUGGCAUUAUUGUACGGUCAGGAUUGACAGAACGUGUGUUGAACCGAUGUGGUGAUGCUGGGAACUUGGGAUAUGGAUUCUUCGUCUGGGUUUCGAAGCAACCUGGAUAUACCCAUACCUAUGAUGUAUACAAAGCCAUGAUCAAGAUUCUGGGGAAAAUGAGGCAGUUUGGAGCUGUUUGGGCACUCAUAGAAGAAAUGAGAAGAGAAAACCCUCAAUUGUUAUCCUCCGAGGUGUUUGUGAUCUUAAUGAGGAGAUUUGCCUCCGCCAGAAUGGUUAAGAAAGCUGUUAAUGUUUUAGAUGAGAUGGCCAAAUAUGGGGUUGAAGCAGAUGAGCAUGUGUUUGGGUGUUUGUUGGAUGCUCUGUGCAAGAACGGAAGCGUGAAAGACGCAUCCAAACUGUUUGAUGAAAUGAGUUUCAGGUUUAAGCCCACCAUAAAGCACUUCACAUCAUUGCUGUAUGGUUGGUGCAAAGAAGGGAAGCUUAUAGAGGCAAAAGUAGUUUUGGUGAAGAUGAGAGAAGCCGGAUUCGAACCAGACAUUGUGGUCUAUAAUAAUUUGCUCACAGGGUACACUGUGGCGGGAAAGAUGUCGCAUGCAUUUGACCUUCUGCAAGAAAUGAGGCACAAAGGGUGCCAUCCAAAUGCAGCCUCCUUCACAGUUGUGAUUCAAUCGCUCUGUUCUCAAAGGAAGAUGGAGGAGGCUGCAAGGGUUUUCUCUGAAAUGGAGAGCCAUGGGUCGGAGUGUGAUGUGGUAACGUACAACGCUUUGAUAAGUGGGUUUUGCAAGUCAGAUGGGAUCAACAAAGCUUAUGAGCUUCUCGAUAGGAUGGCAGGUAAGGGAUGUACUCCCAACCAGACGACGUAUCUCCAUAUCAUGCUGGCUCACGAGAAGAAGGAAGAGUUGGACGAGUGUCUGGAACUCAUAAAGAAAAUGGAAAAAACACCCCUCACCCUGGACCUCCCCAUCUACAACACUGUCAUCCGUUUGGCAUUAAAGUUGGGCGAAACGGACGAAGCGGCUCGUUUAUGGAAUGAGUCAGAAGCCAAUGGGUUGAGUCCCGGGGUGGACACCUUCGUCAUUAUGAUUAAUGGUCUAAUAGAGCAGAGGUGUGUGGUUGAAGCGUGUGAUUACUUUAAAGAAAUGGUGGGGAGGGGUCUUUUUUCAUUUCCACACUAUGGCACUCUAAAGGACUUGUUGAACUCUGUAUUAAGAGAAGAGAAGCUUGAGAUGGGGAAAGAUGUGUGGGGCUGCAUCAUGGGUAGUGGAUGUGAGGUUAACGUGUGCGGAUGGACGAUUUGGAUUCAUGCUUUGUUUUCAAGAGGGCACGUGAAGGAAGGCUGUGCAUACUGUUUGGAUAUGAUGGAUGGUGGUUUGAUGCCUCAACCGGACACAUUUGCGAAGCUAAUGAGGGGGUUGAGGAAGAUGUACAAUAGGCAGAUUGCUGGGGAAAUAACGGAGAAGGUUAGGAAGAUGGCUGAAGAGGCAGGGAUGAGUUUCAAGAUGUAUAAACGACGGGGGGAGAGAGAUUUGAAGGAGAAAGUCAAGGAGAUGAAGGAUGGAAGAAAAAGACGGGCAAGGCGGCGGCGAUGGGGCAGUGAACAUUCUAAGUGCUCCCAUCCUUCUAAAGAUAGCAGUUGUAACAUGCUUCAUUCUUCAUUUUAAGUAGUGUGUUUGCCUUAGCGUGUGUUCGUGAGAAUUGAUGCAUUUGCAGGGUUGUAGAGAAACUGUGUAACUGUAAUAGCUGAUAAUGCUUGAAAAUACAAGAGAUUUUAGAAAAAUAAGUCAGAAAAGGAUUUUAAAAUGCUUUUUGGUGUUACAGUUAAAUGUAAGUCAGAGUAGGGUUUUAAAAUGCUUUUUGGUGUUAUAGUUAAAUGAUUAUUGAAAGUGAAAAACAUUU